ACCCCUAAUGUCUGCUUUCACAUUUCCGAGGGUGUUACGGCUUCGGAGAAUAAUGUGUUGUUAUGAAGAGUUAAUGUCUGGAGGUUAGUGAGGGUUCAGUAUGUGCCUCGUCAUUGUGGUGUGGCUCCGUGAUCUCAGAAGAUGAUGACAGAUGAUAGAAACUGAUGAUAAAACACACACACACACACACACUCGCUCUGAAUGAAGGAGACAAACACCACACAUGAGGGCCAGGAAGAAAGCAGAGAGCGGUGACCCAAUGCACUCCAUGCGGGUUUCCAUUCGUGGUGUCUCCAUGUUCUCCUCCAUCACCAGCUCCAUCUCCGACCCACGUUUCCGCUUCCGAUGGAGAGCCAUCACGGUGGUGACCGUCCUGGCUUUGGCCAUCCUCAUGUACCUGCACCAAUCCUCAUCCAGCUCCACUGACAGCAAAGUUAGGAGUCAGCGCUCGUGGAGAACCAGCCGAGACGUGUCAGGCGCAGAGUCAGGUGUGUUGACCGCGGCUGAAUCUCUGGACUCGCGUUAUAACGACACGUAUCCGCUCAGUCCACCGGAACACACGGCCGGCGGGAUCCGGUACCGGAUCGGAGUCAUAGCAGACCUGGACACGAACUCACGCAGCCAGAAGGACAACACGUGGUUCAGCUUCCUGAAACGAGGACACCUGCUGGUGUCCGACAGCGGGGACAGUGUGUCCGUGGAGUGGGAUCCGGAGACGGUGGUUCUGGAGAGUCAUCUGUCGGAGAAGGGCCGCGGGAUGGAGCUGUCCGAGCUGGUGGCGUUUAACGGGCACCUGUUCAGCGUGGACGACCGUACGGGUGUGGUGUACCGGAUAGAGGGCAACCGCGCCGUGCCUUGGGUCAUCCUGCCGGACGGAGACGGCUCCGUGUCGAAAGGUUUUAAGGCGGAGUGGCUGGCGGUGAAGGACGAGCGUCUGUAUGUCGGUGGUCUCGGGAAAGAGUGGACGACCAUCACCGGAGAGUUCGUCAAUAAUAACCCCGAGUGGGUGAAGGUGGUCGGUUUUCAUGGUGACGUGGAGCACGAGAACUGGGUACCGCGGUAUAACGCUCUCAAGAAAGCAGCAGAUAUCAAACCACCAGGUUAUCUGAUCCACGAGUCGGCCGUGUGGAGCGAGCGUCUCCAGCGCUGGUUCUUCCUCCCGCGCCGAGCGAGCUCCGAACGCUACGAGGAAGCGGCAGACGAGCGCCGAGGCACAAACCUGAUCCUGAGCUGCUCGCCGGACUUCAGUGAGAUCUCAGCCUCACGCAUCGGGACGCUCAAACCCACGCUCGGCUUCUCCUCCUUCAGAUUCAUCCCAGACACAGACGACCAGAUCAUACUGGCGCUCAAAUCAGAGGAGGACGCGGGCCGAACCGCCACGUACAUCACGGCCUUCACGCUGGACGGACGAAUCCUGCUGCCCGACACCAAGAUCGGAGACCUCAAAUAUGAAGGACUAGAGUUCAUCUAGACAGACCUCAACAGCAGGCAUCCGUCACUCAUUAGCAAAGAAACGGCAGCCAGUAGAUUUUCAGAGACGUGUGCUGUGUGCAGGAGAGCUGCGACGAUAAAUGUGACCCUGGAGCACAAAAGCACAAUUAUACAUUUCUC